GUCCAUUUCAGUCCGUUCCAGAGAGAGGGAGAGAUGAGAGCGAUUUCCACUUCUCUGCCUUCCGUUGCUCCUCGGCUGAAAAUUAGCCGUUGCUCUCCUUCUUCGUCUGCUCUUCUCUGUUCUCCACUUCUCUCUGCCAACUCUCCUCUUUCUCUAAAUCCAAGGCGCAAAACCGGUAGAAGAUUUUCCAGGCUUGUAUUGCAGUGCAGCAGUAACAAGCAAGGAUUUGGCUCAGGUGAGAAUGAUAGCAAAGCUAUUUUGGAUGCUUUUUUUCUGGGAAAGGCUUUGGCAGAGGCACUUAACGAACGUGUGGAAGCUACAGUAGGGGAAAUCUUUAGCGUUUUUGGUCAGUGGCAAGCUGAGCAACGAAAGCAAGUGCAAGACUUACAGGAAGAGGUGUUUGAAAGGGCCAAAAAAGCGAAGGAGAAAGCUGCACUUGAAGCCAUGGAAGAACAAGGAAUCCUUCGCAAGUCAACUGCGCCAUCAACAGAAGCUGAGACUCCUGCAGUCCCACCUCCACCACCUGUUCCUAGUGACAUUGACCCUCCUCUGGAUACCGCGGAAGAAUAGCUUUGUCACUUUUAUAUCAUAUCGCCUGGCUGCAUUUGGAUGCCCAAGUGAAUUGAAUUGCAAAAUUCAGUUUAAUCAAAAGAGGAAAUGCUGAAAAUUUAGUGACGCUUGCUCCUUUUCAUAACGAGGAGGAAGUAGCGUUCAGCUGUGGUUAUGUUCC